AUGUUAGCUGAAGCUGACCUAAAGCUCGAGACUGCUGUGUCAGGUGAUGCUACUGUGAAGUUGGAGAGUAAGCGUGGACUGACGGAUGAAGACAAACUGACUGCUGUCAAGUACAUCACCUCCGUUGAGGUCUGGUACAAAUUUCGGUUGAACCAGGGCACAGUUUUUACAACACUUGCACACAAGACACUUGGGAACUGUGUAACCUAUGCCCAGGUCCGCAAUUUUUGGUGGAAUCAGGCUUGGGAGAAAUACAAACAGGUAAAGGAGAUGGAAGAACAUACUGGUGGAGGAGACGGAGAUGAUGAUCGGAUUGCCACUGAAUUGGGAAAUGAAGAAGAAGCCGAAGUUCUUGAUUUUGACACAAAGGACAACACAACAGCCCUUGAUGGAACGAGGCGCGGGAAGAGUGCAUCAAAGGCCAAGUUUGCACGUCACACGCUACAAGCCUUCAAGGAAACAGAGAUUUUCAGGCUGAUUGACGAAGUGGCAUGGAAUGAUGCCACUGUUGUUCGCACCCAUGACAUCAACUCCUCAGAUUCAAUUUCAAUUACAGACGACGAAACAACUCCUCUAAAGAAGCGAGCUCGUAAGUCAGCAUCUCUCGACUCCGAUAGCUAUGGCGAGACAACCUCACUCCUUCGUAACAUGAUGGGAUCCAUGAGCCAACGCUAUGAACGGCAGGAGCGACUUGAUCAGCUUAACAUGGAGCUUGCACAAAAGCGGGAGAAGCGAGAGCAGGCUGAAUAUGAAGAACGUCGAGCAGAAAUUCAGCAGGCACAUAAGGAAUGUGCAGAGCAGUGGCUUCAGGCGAGUGAGAUGUUGAAGCAUCCUAGUCCAGUUAUACAGAGGCAAGGUGAGAGACUGGCAAAAAGGUUGGAAUGGCUCGAAGAGGAAGAUGAAAGACUUUUGGUCUAG